AUGGUUAUUCAGAAUGCCCAACAGUACCUUGUUCGAACACAUGAUAAAGGAGUAGUUCCUGUCCGGACUCUCGAAGCGGAUCUUUCCCACAUCGACAGAGCCAGAAGUGUAAAGGGAUACGUUGGAGCAGAACAAGUUGCUGAUUGUUUUAAAGGCGUCGAUGGAGUUGUUAUUCUAGCGGGCGUGCCACGUAAACCUGGAAGGACUCGAGGUGAUUUGUUCAACAUCAAUGCUGGUAUCGUUCACGAUUUGACUUCUGCCAUUGCGGACAAGUAUCCAAAAGCUUUAAUUGUGAUUAUUACAAAUGCUGUGAACUCGUGUGUACCAAUUGCCGCAGAAGUUCUAAAUUCCAAAGGAAAGUGCUAUCCCCGUAUUCUCUUCGGUGUUUCAAUUUUGGAUAUUGUCCUUGCUCGAAAAUUCAUUUCAGAUUCAUGUAAAUUUGACGUGGAUGCCGUUGAUAUUCCGGUGAUCGGUGGACAUUCUUGUGUUACAGUUAUUCCGGUGAUAUCACAAUGCAAACCAAAAGUGUCGUUUUCACAGCUUAAUCGUGAGAAAAUUUCGAUGCGCACCCAAGAAGCUGGCACAGAAGGUGUGAAGACUAAAGCGGGAGCGAGAAGAGGGUUAAAUCGAUUUUGA